UGUGGUGAGAUGGAAAACAAAAAUAUAGAGAAAGGGAAAGUGUGUGUAAGUGGUGGAAAUGGGUAUGUUGGAUCUUGGUUGGUUAUGAGACUUCUUCAGCAUGGUUAUUCUGUCAACACAACUGUUAGAUCUAAAUCUAAUACAGAAGUAGGGUUUCUCACAGAUCUACCAGGCGCACAAGAAAGUCUUAAAAUUUUCGAAGCCGAUCUCAAUCAACCACACAGUUUCCGAGCAGCCAUCGAAGGCUGCGUCGGAGUAUUUCUCGUCGCUCAUCAAAUGCACAACGAUACAACCAACCGCGACGAUGAAACCUCCACUACUUCCACACUAGCCAUUCUGCAGGCUUGCCUCGACGCCAAAACAGUCAAACGAGUCGUCUACACCUCAUCCGCCGCCGCCGCCAUCUUCGCCGGCAACGCCACCGCCGUCGUCGACGAGGACUCCUGGUCCGAUCUCGACCUCGCGCGCAGAUCAUCGCCACCCGCCGUGGCCUCCUACGCGGCCGCCAAGACUCUGACGGAGAAAGCCGCCUUGGAAUUCGCGGAGAGGCACGGGCUGCCGCUCGUCACCCUGCUCCCGACCUUCAUACACGGCCCCUUCGUCGGCCGCCGCUGCCCCGCCUCCGUCUACGCGCUCAUGUCCAUGUUCUUCGGUGAUGACGUGGAUCCGUACAAGUAUGUAGCAGGUUGGAGUGAUGUGGUGCACGUGGAUGACGUGGCGAGUGCGCACGUUUUCCUCAUGGAGUGUGCUGAUGCGAAAGGGAGAUACAUUUGUUCAGCUGUAGAAACUACCGUUGGGGAAUUGUAUCAACUGCUUUGUAACAGAUACCCACACUAUCAAAUACCGCCUCCAGCGAACUGUUCUUUGGGAGAGAUUGGAGGGGGGAGAAGAUAUCAGAUUUCGUCCAAGAAGCUUCUGGAAACAGGGUUCAAGUAUAAUUAUGGGCUCGAAGAAAUGUAUGAUGGAGCUAUUGAGUGUUGCAAAAAGCUUGGACUUUUGUAGUUUUGGUACAAGAGAAGUGCCAAGGAAGAAUGUGGAACAUUAUAUAUAUAUAUAUAUAUAUAUAUAUAUAUAUAUAUAUAUGA